UUAUCGUUUGUGCUGCUGGCAGAAUAAUAGUCGCUGUAGGCCUAUUCAACUACGGCUAUCCAAGAAAGGGCGGCGGCAACCUAACGGACAAAACAAGCGUCACCAACGUCGCAUUGGCACAUUAAUAACGUGCAGUAAUGAUAAAGCUCAGCUCUCCUCUGGCCGUGCUGUGCCUUUCUCUCCUGCUGCUCAAUGCCCACCUCUCCCUGGCCAAGAGAGGGGGAGGAGGCUUUGGUGGUAAAUCCAGCAUAGGCUUUGGGAAGAAACCUUCCUCCACCUCCAACCGUGGAGGCACCAACACCCAACGCAGACCCAACCAAGGGACCAAUAACCAGCCAGGGAACUACCCUCGCCAGCCCCAGAGCCCACAGAACCCCCAAGCAGGGUACCCGCAGCAACCAGGAGGUUAUCCACAGCAACCAGGGGGGUACCCUCAACAGCCAGGCAGGGCAGGAUACCCUAACCAAGGUGGCUACCCUAACCAAGGUGGCUACCCUAACCAAGGGGGCUACCCUAACCAAGGUGGCUACCCUGCUGGAGGAUAUCCAGCUGGAGGCUACCCAGGGGGCUACCCGGCAGGAGGCUAUCCAAACAGAUACCCAGCUGGUGGAGGCUAUGGUGGAGGCUAUGGUGGAGGCUAUGGUGGAGGCUAUGGUGGAGGCUAUGGUGGCGGUUAUGGAGGGGGCUACAUGAACCAAAACCCCAACAACCGGAUCCUUAGCCCUGGCUAUGGGGGCAGUUACGGCUAUGGGGGGUAUGGUGGUGCCGGUGGCUCCCCGUUCUCCCGCUCCGUGCAGGGGAUGGGGAUGGGACCCUCGCAGCAGUCCAGGGGGUUUGGGCGUAAUGCAGCGAUGGCGGCCGGGGCUGGAGUUGUGGCUGGGAUGGCUCUGGGUUAUGGACUGGGCCGGUUUCCCCGGCCUCACUUCGGCUUUCACAACCCCCAGGAGGAGUACUACUAUAACCACUACAUGUACAGGAGGUACGGCACCAAAUCCACUGAUGACAAUGACUACAGCAGGGACUACCACUUCAGCCCGCCUCCACAGUCCUAUGAUAACUACAUGAAGAACUGUAUGAAGAGGACUGACCUGCUGAGAGGUGGGGAGAAGGGUGGAUCGGAAACAGGAGCCAGGGAGAACUCACCACCACAGGGAGCUGCAGACAGCCCCAGCACUCAGGUAGUCGUACCCAGUGGAGGAGGCACUGCAGUCGGGGAGAAGAGUGAAGAGCCAGCCCCUGUUCCUGGAGGUUCCACCAAUACUACCGACCCCGGUUCCACCCAAGCACCAGGCAGUGGCCCCAGUAACAGCUCUGCCACAGAGGGCAGUUCCAGUGAGAGUAAUGUCACAGCUGAGAGUAACGGUACAGCAGCGACUGAGAAGCCUGUGACCCUUGAACCCUUGAACCCAAACCCUCAAACCCCCCCUCCUGCAGCCAAGCCCCUCCCUCCAGCCAUAGCUGAGCCUGAGGAUGAUGAUGAGGAAAAUAUAGUGAGCAUCUCUGAGAUUGGCUACCCAGCGCUGAUAGAGCAGAUGAAGGCUCGGAGGUGUGUGGAGCUUUACAUGGUGUACGCCGAACACUACCUGGAGAAAAAGAAGGAGGACAAGAAGAACACGCCCCGGGAAAGACCCAGAGGAGGAGUGGAGAGACUGGGAGGAGGAGGAUACCAGGGACUGCUAGCUGUUCUCACCUCUACUGCACUACUGCUGCUGAACAGCAACAUGCUACUACUGCACUGAGGCAGAGAGAGAGCAAGAAACAGAGAGAGAGGGAAAUAGAGGGAAGAAGGAGAAAGGAGACAAUGUUUGCUGCCACGCUAUGUGAGUUGGAGUCAAGAAUGGGGCUGAUGGAGGGAUGCUGGGACAGUCUGUCUUCUUCUCUCAUCCUCCUUUGAUCGACGCCUCAGGACUCUCCAUAAUAAGUGGACUUUUUUGAUUGAUCAAUUCUAUGGAUUUUUGUUCUGUUUUUGUAUUGUUGUUUCUCAUGCACUGUUACUUGCAUUAUAUGAAUCUGUAAUCAUGCGCCCGUGUGUUACUAAAAUGUUGGCACUUUUUAAAUCCAACCCUGCUGUCCCCAAAGCAUUGAGUUUGCUCCUGCUGUAGCCAAGUACUACAGCCUCAUGCAUGCAGCAUGACUAUUAUAUACAGCAUAUUUCAUAAAUAAGAUAAAUAUUGAUUAAGGUUAAGCAGGGACUGGCUGGAUCACGCCCAGUUCCCAGCACCAACAGGGAUUCCAGGAUAAUUUAGAUGCUGUAUUAUAUGGCAGACAGACUGAAGGGAAAUGGCCAUUUACUCCAUUACAUCACAUGAACUGGAAAUACUGUUUGUUUGUUUGUGUGUGUGUGUGUGUGUGUGUGUGUGUGUGUGUGUGUGUGUGUGUGUGUGUGUGUGUGUGUGUGUGUGUGUGUGUGUGUGUGUGUGUGUGUGUGUGUGUGUGUGUGUGUGUGUGUGUGUGUGUGUGCACGCACGCAUGCACGCACGCACGCACGUAAGUAGAUAGGAUUGUCGUGUAAAUAUUGAUUGAGAUAAGAUGACAUCCAUAUUAACAUCAGCUGGGGAAGGGGAAUUGUUGAAUAUGACAGUCAAGUAUGCAUGACAAUGAAUGUGAGCUUUAUAUUAUUGACUAUGGCUUGUAUUUAUUUUAGCUUAAUACAAUACACAUACCUGUACACUUUGAACUGGCUUUUGCUUGUAAGACUACUAAUUACACCAUUCUAACGUAACCUCUUUCGUACAUGGGGGCUGUGAUUUUGCAUAAGCAUGUAUACAUUUUACUACGGUGGCAAAAGAGAAUCCAUUUGACAAACAUUGUUAGCUUGACUUCACCUUUUUUAUGGAAGGGCUAACAGUUUGGUCAUAUGCUCUGAUGAGGCCCGAAGACUGAAAUUUUAAUGGAGGGGGGGUUAGUACGUAAGCAGUGGGAGCUGCUUCUUUAGAAUCUAGAAUUGAGAUUCUUUAGAAACUAAAGAGACUCUUGAUAGAUGUGUGCUUGGAUCCCUUGUCUUUCACCCAGCUGAUAUCCUAUGUAAUGGAUGGCUGUCAGGUUAUCUGAAUCAAUCAUCCUGUAUCGGGGCUUGAUGUCAUCUUUAUAUGUUAUGUGUCUUUAACGUUGUGGUUAAUAUGUUUGAUACUAUUCCGUGGAUUGAUUUAGUUUGCUUUGUAUUGUUAUUAUAUGUCAAGUAAGCUGCAUGUGCUCAAAGACACUGAUUUCUUUCUUUUGCUCCGACUCCAAGGCCCUUCUCUUUUGUACAUUCCCUUCUUCCCGGUGUCUUGCUUUCCUCUCUGGGGUGGUGAAGUGACUGUAGAUUGUACUGUAAGGGCUCUUGUUGUCUAGGCCCAACCAGGCUUUGAACCAGGCCACUGUAGCGGCAGCCCGACAAGUCAAGGAAUACAGAUUCAGACAAACACUGUCCACUUUAAAGUAAUGGUCUUAGUCAACUUGGUACCUGGUAAUAUUAAGGUAAAUGAUAAGCAUAUGACAAUGAUAUAAGUUGAACUAUAAUGUUAGAUGUGGGUUCUAGAGAGAAGUAGCUAGAUUGAAGUCUAAAUUAUUAUACUGUAUGCGUUGGGGUGUAAACAGAUUUUUUUUUAAUGGAGUUAGAAUACCUUUGGAAUAUAUUGGAUAGACGAUGGGGAGGGGGGGGCGACACCUUGUUUACCAUCAUGUCAUAAACAAUUUCUACAUUGUCUUGGGCCUUGAAUGUAUGGGUCUGCAUACUCUGUUAAUGCAAAUACUUCCUCUGUGAUAAAAGAUAAAUGUGUUUGUGUCCAUUCAUCUUCUAUAA